AUGGGCAGCGACGGCGUCAUCGUCGACCUCCUCGCGGACGACAGAGCCACCGUGGAGUGGUGCGAAGUCAUGCUUCACUCCUCGGACGAAGAACACGACGACGACGACGACGACGACGACGAGCACGUCAUCGACGUCGACGAGGGGCUUCUCGUCGGCGCGGAACGGCGCUCGGACGUCCCCGUGGAGAACUUGACGCUCAUCGACGCGAUCGGCGGCGAGCCGAGAGGUUUCGCCGGCGGCGGCAGAGGCGGGUCGGGCGGCGCGGCGCGCGGCGGCGGCGGCGGCGGCGACGCGCGAGACGGCGCGCCGUCGAGAGGCGGCUUACCCGGCGCGCACGAGUAUUGGGUCGGCGCGUCGCACGCGCACGGCGGCGGCGGCCACGGCGGGUUCGCGCCCAGCGCGAGCGCGGACCCGGACGCGUCCACGCGCGAGGCGAACGCGCUGGAGAAGGCGUCGCUCGUCCCCGCCGACGCGCUCGAGAAGAUGGCGCGCGCCUUCGCGUCGCGGCUGCUCCCGGCGCUUUUAAAAUUUUCCUCGCGCCGCGCCGCGAGCGGGGAAGCGACGCAACGGACGCUGUUCCGACUGCUGAUCGCCACCCUGAGCAAAGCCGGGGACGCGUGCGAUCUCACGAGGGAGCACUUCCACGGCGUGUUGGACCUCUUAGGGCGCACGCUGUCGAACGGACAGUCCGCGUCGCUCGUGACGUCGUCGCUGCGUCUCGUGAAUUUGCUCGUCGAACGCGACGCGUCCCGCGCGCAUCAGCUUCGACGGCACGGGCUGCUGCGCCGCGUGGAGCAGUUCACGACCGACGCGACGAAGACGCCGGGUGGAGCAAGCGGAGGAAGCGUCGGCGGCGACCGGGGGCAGAGGACGCGCGGCAGCGGAGGGGAACGAUCGUCGUCAGCGCUCCCGACGCUCCCGCCGUCGCGCGAAGCCGAGACGUUGCGUAAGACGGCGGACGCGACGCUCGCGGCGGCGAACGUCGCGCUGAAAACCUUCGAGCUCUCGUGCGCCGCGGACUCCGACGCGGCGCCGAUGCCCGGGCACGGGCUCGGCGCGGAGCGGCUCGCGUCGACGUCCGCGGCGGUCGCGCGCGGCGAUCUCGCGGCGCUGAGCGAACUCGCCGCCGCGCUCGUCUCCGUCGACGGCGUCACCGAGUACGAGCUCGCCGAGGCAAACGUCGCGACCGCGCUCGUGCACUUCUUGCUCCCCCACGGCGCGUCGAGAAGAGAGACAGAGGCGCGACGCGCCGCGUUUAAGCGACUUUUCGUGACCGCCGCGGUAUCCGCGCCGCGGAAGGUUGGCGUGGGCGUCGCGAACGCGGGGAAGAAGCGCCGCCGCGGCGUCAGCGGUCCCGCGCCGGCGCCCGGACGCGACGCCCCCGAAGACGACGAGGGACCCGGGAAGACCCCGUUCGCGGCGCUCGUCGCGCUGCUGCACAGCACGUUAGAUCUGAACGAGCAGCUGCCGGUGUUUCGCAACUUGGCGCUCGGGCACGGGUCGGGCGGCGGCGGCGGCGGCGGCGGCGGCGGCGGACUCAGCCUCGGCCUCGGCGCGAAUCCGUUCGCGCACGGCGGCGGCGGCGGCGGCGGCGGAUCAUCCGGCGUCAGCACGAGCGCGUCCGCGAAGCUCUCCUCCGGUCUGAACAUCCUCUCGACGCCGCUGCGGCUCUCGGUGCGACGCGCGCCGACGACGCCGCGGCUGUGCACCGACCUCUCCGGCGCGAGCCUUCACGCCGGGCCGCUCACGCCGCUCGCCACGGUCACCGCGCACGUCUUGCGUAAGAUUGUCGUCAUCGAUCCCGGGUACGUCCGGUGGUGCCGCGCGCUCGUGAACGGGAAAAUAUGGCUGUGGAUCCCGGGCGUCGGCGGCGACGACGGCGAGAUGGACGCCGCGGGCGACGCCGUGGACGGGCACGUGGAGACCUCCGGCGCGGUGGCGGCGGCGGCGGCGGCCGCGGGGGCGGGAUCCGGCGGGAGGCGCCGACGCGGCGCGGCGGCGACGGAGACGAAGGGCCGCUGGGCGGUGGCGUCCGUGGAGAGCUACAACGCGGUGACGGGCCGUCACGCGCUGAAGGUCGAGGGCGGCGUCGGCGCGAAGCCGAGCUCGAGUUCGGUCACGGCGACGACGACGCACGUCGCGUUGCUCGAGCGCCGGUACAGGGUCAUCUCGCGCGCGAGCGACGAGGCGAACGGCGACGGCGACGACGACGAGGAGCGGAAAG